AUGGUCGAAGGCCCAAACCAGAAGUACCAAGGAGCAGCUGAGGUAAUUUGGCUUGUUCAGCCUGGAGAUGAUACAACUGAGGGAAGACCUCACUGCAGUCUACAACUUCCUCAUGAGAGGGGAGGAGACAACGUAAGAAACUCCAUUUCUGCACGCACCGCAGACACAAGGAAGAGCCGCGGCGGAGGACCCGGGAGCGCCGGGGGGCGGCGGGGCAGGGGCGGCCGCUGUCCGCCCCCCGCCUGCCUCCCCCGGCCCGCGGCUGCCCCGCUCUCCGCCCUCGGGCCCUGCAGGACGGGCGGCGCGCAGGCCUCGGCGCCGGGCCGCCCGCCGCCUCCCCCGCCGAGGCGCCGGGGCGGGUGCGCACAACCAGCAGGGCCCUGUUUACCCCCUCCAGCCUUUCUGGAAAGUUUUCUCCCCGGCCGACAGGCUGUAAAACGUCCCUGCCUGGAAAUGCGGCCCCGCUGCCGCUUGCCCCCGCCCCUCCACGAAGCUGCGGUGCGCCGCUGCCGGCGCUGCCCGCGCACGGCCCCGUACCUCGGCCGCAGGCAGGCGGGCGGGCGGCCGGGCGAGCAGCCGGGUCAUGCCUCAGGGCUGGGCUGGGCCCGUCUCCCCGCCUCUCUUUCCCACCGCCACCAUGUCACGCCGACCAAACAUGUCUGUGCGCCUGUGUGUGGCGGCGGUGACUUCCUGAUCCGCCGCCGCUUGCACAGGCGGAGGGACAAGAAAGGCCACCCACCCUCCUAUGCUCCCCGCGCCGCCGCCUCCCGCCUCUGCCCCGCAGCGGCCCGGGCACGGGCUCCGUGCCCUCCGGCCCCGCCCGACAGCUGGCUGCGGCAGCGCUCUGCCGCCCACCCCCGCCUCCGGCUGGGCACAGAACUUUUCCAGGUGCCAAACACCGCCGUCCCCUCUCCCGACAUAGGGGCAGGGGAGCCGCAGCUACCUGAGCAUCCGCGCGCGUUGCAUCCUCGCUCCCGCCCGGCCGGGUUAAAAAAAAAUAAAUUUCCGCGCACACCGGAAAUAAAACGCUUUUUUGCUUGGCAGGCGAUUCCAAAAUUGUAA